UAUCUCUUCUUUCAAAUCUGCCCUGAAGCAGCCACAAUGGGUAAAGUACUCUUGGUUUUGUAUGAUGGAGGACAACAUGCGAAGGACCAGCCUGGUUUGCUCGGAACGACUGAGAACGAGCUGGGCCUGAGGAAGUGGUUGGAAGAGAAGGGCCAUACCCUUGUAACCACCUCUGACAAAGAAGGUGCCAACUCUAAAUUCGACCAGGAGCUUGUCGAUGCUGAGGUUAUCAUCACUACCCCAUUCCACCCAGGAUAUCUGACCGCAGAACGCCUGGCUAAAGCCAAGAACCUGAAACUGGCCGUCACGGCCGGUGUGGGAUCCGACCACGUCGACCUGAACGCCGCCAACAAGACGAAUGGCGGCAUCACCGUUGCCGAAGUGACGGGCUGCAAUGUCGUCUCCGUCGCCGAGCACGUCGUCAUGACCAUUCUCGUCCUGGUCCGCAACUUUGUCCCUUCACACGAGCAGGUUGCCAGCGGCGAUUGGAACGUUGCCGCCGUGGCGAAGAACGAGUAUGACCUCGAGGGAAAAGUCGUCGGCACCGUUGCCGUGGGCCGUAUUGGCGAGCGUGUCCUGCGACGACUGAAGCCGUUUGACUGCAAGGAGCUGCUGUACUAUGAUUACCAGCCGCUGACGCCAGAGGUCGAGAAGGAGAUCGGAUGCCGCCGCGUGGAGAAUCUGGAGGAAAUGCUCGCGCAGUGUGAUGUUGUCACCAUCAACUGCCCCCUGCACGAGAAGACUCGCGGCUUGUUUAACAAAGACCUCAUCUCGAAGAUGAAGAAGAGGCUCCUGGCUCAUCAACACCGCCCGCGGCGCCAUCGUCGUCAAAGAAGACGUCGCCGACGCCAUCAAAUCCGGCCAUCUGCGCGGCUACGGCGGCGACGUGUGGUUCCCGCAGCCCGCGCCCAAGGACCAUCCGCUGCGCUACGUCCAGGGGCCCUGGGGCGGCGGAAACGCGAUGGUGCCGCACAUGUCCGGCAGCUCCAUCGAUGCGCAGGUGCGCUACGCGGAGGGCACGAAGGCGAUUCUCGAGUCGUAUUUCUCCGGCAGGCAUGA